GGAUAUCGCUUAGUCUGCUGUCGGCGCCUCAACUGCCAAGUAAUCGCUGGGUAACCGUGGAGCACGAGAUCUCGAGAUCUGCCGCCUCGUGUUCUGAGUUCUGAUCGACAACGCCGCGUAUGCGUGAUAUUGCCUCGAAGGAUAACAGAAAGUGAUUAGCCUUAGUGUCUGUCCUUCGCCGGAGCCGUUCUGUGCGUUCGUUUGUGCCGUGUGCCGUGUCGUACCGCAAAUAAAUCACUGACGUCCGUUCAAUAUUUUUUGGCUCUCCCCGAAUUAAUUCACCAAAAAGUUUGCCAAGAUGUCGGUCACUCUGAACGAGACGAACACUAUUGUUGACCGGAUGGUCAACUUCUUCGUGGAGCACGAGGAUCUGCGCACCAAGAACUGGUUCCUUUCGAACGCCCCCGGACCGCUGUUCAUGAUCCUUGGGGCCUACCUGUACUUCUGCCUGUACGCCGGACCCCGGUACAUGCGCGAUCGCAAGCCCUUCGAGCUGAAGAACACACUGCUGGUCUACAACGCCGUCCAGGUGCUUCUCAGCUGGGUGCUCUUCUACGAGGGCUACAAGGGCGGCUGGGGCGGCCACUACAACUUCAAGUGCCAGCCGGUGACCUACGAAUCGGAUCCGAUUUCCAUGAGGAUGGCUCGUGCCGUGUGGCUGUACUACAUUGCCAAGAUCACCGAGCUGCUGGACACCGUGUUCUUUGUGCUGCGCAAGAAACAGCGCCAGAUCUCGUUCCUCCACCUGUACCACCACUCCCUGAUGCCCGUGUGCGCCUUCAUUGGCGUCAAGUACUUCGCCGGUGGCCAUGGAACCCUGCUGGGCUUCAUCAACUCCUUCAUCCACAUCAUUAUGUACGCCUACUACCUGCUCUCCGCGAUGGGACCCAAGGUGCAGAAGUAUCUGUGGUGGAAGAAGUACAUCACCAUCCUGCAGAUUGUCCAAUUCCUGAUCAUCUUCGUGCACACGCUGCAGAUCCAGUUCCAGCCCAACUGCAACUUCCCCAAGUCCAUUGCCGCCCUGUUGACCUUCAAUGCCGGCCUCUUCACCUACAUGUUCAGUGCCUUCUAUGUGGCCAACUACAAAAAGGAGGCAGCUGCCCAGGCCAAGCUGGCGGCGAAAAAGGAGUAGGAAGCGACGUUAGUUGGCGCUACCUUAAGCUAUGCACACUUAUUUUUAUGGUCCCCCCUUAAAACGUAAUCCCAGAUCCCAUAUCCCUCCCAUCCUCCCUCCCAACCCCCUCCAAUAUCCUCCCCCUAGGUAUACAUAGGUCAAGAUGGAUAUUAUACAAUCUGUAGUUGCGUAAGCUUGUUUCGUAGUAUUUCGUUAGAUCGAGGAUAGCGGCCCCUUUUGUACUUGUUUGGAUCAGUCGCCAUUGCAGAGGGCAAGAGAUCGUUGCACUUUCUGUAUUGGGAUAGUGUAAUAGUACCAAAUAUUAUAGUUUAGUGAUUAGACUUUAUCCUAUGGACUGUGAAAGUCGAAGGCAAGGUUGGACAGGCGAAUGGCGAGCAAAUAUCGGAGAACUCUGAACUUUUGCCUGUCGGGGAAAUAAACGGCGAACUGUCCACUGCCUUUGUCAUGCCCAAUUUUAUGAAGAAAUGUAAUUUUGUAUAUUUUAUUUGCAAACAAUAAACAAACGAUUCAUAUGUAA